AUGAGAAAAAGUAAAGGUCGCCAGAAAACAAAAAUGGUCAAAAUGGAGAAAGAAAAUAACCUUCAAGUUACGUUUUCCAAAAGAAAAGUUGGUCUUUUCAAAAAGGCUAGUGAGCUUUGCACACUUUGUGAUGCUCGUAUCGCUGUUAUUGUGUUUUCACCUAGUGGAAAAGUUUAUUCUUUUGGUCAUACAAAGGUGGAAACUAUAAUAGAGCGGUUCGAAAAUAAUGACCAUCCAGAUAACAAUCCACAACUCAAUAUGCAGCUUGGUGAAAUCCAUCAAAAUUCUACAAUUCGAGGUCUGAACAAUCGUCUUACUGAGGUGACGAACCAACUAGAAUCUGAGCAACAAACGAGUGAAGAUAUAAAGAAACUAAGAAAAAAAUUCAAAAUACCUGAGAUUUGGUUUAAAGAAUCCAUUGGAAUACUUGACUUAGGUCAAGCCAAAGAAUUCAAAGGUAAACUUGAAAAUUUGAAGAAACAAGUGACACAAGAAGCUUUCCAACUCUUCCUAGCAACACCAUUUCCUCAUCCAGGCUUUUAUGCUGGAAGCUCUAGUAAUGCACCAUUUGGAAACUAUAGUAAUGUUGAGGGAUUUGUCCCUGGAUUCAACCAUGACAUGGCUCUCCCAUAAUCCUAAUCCAAAUGAAUCUGGAAAUUAAGAUCCUCAUGAUGGCCUUCCUCCUCAGUCUUAAUCAUUCCUGAUGUGAUGC